AUGUGCCAGGAGCAGCUGAUGAAUCAUGUGCUGCAUGAGCUCCUUGACCAAAAUUAUUCCUGUCGGAUGGGGACUGUUGACAGAGAAUCACCAGUGCCCCCCCCCCACCACCUCCAACACAGUCAAAGGGGAUACAGCUGGAGUGGAGUGGAGUCUCGUAUUGCUGCAGUGCCUCUUAAAGUGGGAGUCUCUAGCUUUCCUGGACAAGCAUUGGGAGAUUUGUGAAGAAAUGCUCAAAGACUGAAAACUGGAUAUUCGCUGGUCUUUUUUCUACUGCAGGCUCCAGGAAAUGCAAGCUAAAAUGAGGCAUCUGCCUUCAUCCACUUGGUUUCUUGUCAGUAUUUUUCUGCCUCUUCACCACACCAUUGUUCCUCAGUUCUACCCCUGUGAUGACAGUCUAAAUUCCACCGUCGUUGACUGCAGUGAAAGGCACUUAAGAAAAGUCCCUACGAUAAAUUCAAACAAUGUGAUCUCCUUGAACCUGGACGGUAAUGAUAUCCAUCUGGUAAAGAACAAUGACUUCUGGGAUCUUCCAAGCCUCUCCGAUGUUAGCAUUGCAGGGAACUGCCUUCCCCAGGCACUAAGGUCUUUAAAGAUACCAAACUGCAAAAUGGUGAUUGAGCGGAAUGCCUUUGUUAAGCUGAAACGUCUGAUGAACCUUAACCUGUCUGGUAACAGUCUUACAUCACUCCCAAAAUUCCCAGAAAGUCUGGUCUCAUUAUACUUGGAGCGCAACCACAUUUUCCAUCUUCAAUAUUCUAACUUUUCUGGCCUCAGCAGACUUGAACUCCUCUAUCUAGGACAGAACUGCUACUAUGCCAAUCCUUGUCAAACAAGUUUCUUCAUGGAGGAGGACACAAUGAGGGAUCUGAAGAAUCUACAUAAUCUGUCUCUUAUCUUUAACAAUAUUACUGCAGUUCCUCAAAAUCUUCCGAACAAUCUGGAGAUGCUGGACCUUCGAGAGAACAAGAUUGAACGAAUCACCUUUGAAGAUUUUGCAAACCUCACCAACCUCAGGUACUUGAAUCUUGAGUGGAACUGUCAAAGGUGUGACCAUGCAGCACAACCUUGCUUCCCUUGCCCCAACAAUGCUUCCAUGAAGAUUGAUUCCAAUACAUUUCAAAACCAGGAAAAUCUGCAUUACCUCAGUCUGCGGGGAAACUCUCUGCGAACUGUGCCCAAUGGCCUUUUUGAUCCUCUAGUCAAACUUUCUCGUCUAGAACUCUCUGACAACCUUCUAGCUUAUGCCAUAAGCAAUGGAACAUUUUUUGAAUCCCUGAAGACAGUUAAAAUCCUUAGCUUGCUUUACAAUUAUGAGCCCCUCACAAUGUUCCCAACCCUUAAUCUUUCUACUUCUUUCAAGUUUAUGAGAUCUCUGGAAGUGCUGCUUCUCAGUGGUUACUUCUUCCAAACCUUGGAGACUAAAAGUCUGGAACCCAUUGCAAACCUGAAAAACCUUGAGAAAAUGGAGUUGCGGAUGAACUUUAUUAACAGAGUGAACCUGAGUGUCUUCAAACAGUUUCCUAAAAUGAAAAAAGUGGGUCUUUCCCAGAACAUUGUGGCUUUCCCACCAUUGUGCUCUCCAGUGACUCAUCAGCCUGAACAUAUGUCCCCAAAGGCCAGGGUUGGCUUGUCUAAUGUUGAGCUGCUCCCAAAUCAAAAUAAACAAGACACUGAACUAAACUGGAACGAUGAUCAGUUCACAGUCCUAUCACCAUAUCAGUAUGAGUAUUGUAAGCAAAACCUGACAUUUGACUUGUCUCAGAAUAACAUCAUGUCCCUGGAGCCAGGCCUUUUUCAGGGCAUGGAGGAAGCCAUCUGUGUGGACUUGUCAUCUAACUACAUCAGCCAGGCUCCAAAUGGAAAUCAAUUUUCUCCACUAAAGAAAGUUCAGUACCUUAACCUUGCAUACAAUCGGAUUGACUUGUAUUAUGACAAUGCAUUUCAGGAGCUGAAUAACUCUUUGAAAGUGCUUGACCUUACUCACAAUGAGUAUCACUUUCUAAUGCGAGGAAUGGGUCAUUGUUUUAAUUUCAUCUUCAAUCUUGGUGCUCUUGAACGUUUAAGUUUGGCUGACAACAACAUCGGUGUUCGGAUUUCCACCAUGAUAUAUAGUAACUCUCUCAAGUACCUUUAUUUUGGGGGUAACCGUCUAGAUCUUAUGUGGGAUGGCAGUAGUAACCGCUAUCUCCAUUUUUUUUCCAAGUUAUCCCAACUCAUCUUCCUGGACCUCAGCAACAAUCAAAUGAGGUCCUUUCCUCCAGAAGCUCUGACCAAUCUCCCUAAGACAUUACAGGUUCUUCAAGUCAAUAGUAACCAUCUGGAAUAUUUUCCCUGGAUAAAUCUCAGUAGUCUGGUGAACCUCAACCACCUGAAUAUCAGCUACAAUUUUCUGUCAGUGCUGCCUGAUUUAUUCACAAGUCUGGGAGAACAACUUUCAGUCCUGGACCUUAGUUACAAUAAGAUUCAAAACCUCUCUGGAGCUUUUUUUUAUAGUACUCCCCAACUUCGUUGGCUGAACCUAAGCCACAACUUCCUCAAGAUCCUUGAUCCUCAGAACUUUCCCUCUAAGCUUCAAGACAACCUCAUUGAAUUAGUCAUAAAUGCCAACCCAAUUACCUGCACCUGUGACUCUUCUUGGUUUAUUGACUUUCUCAAGAAAACUCAUAUCAGUCUGCCCCACCUCACCAAAGAUAUGAAAUGUGGAUUUCCUCAGUCAAAGUUAGACCAGGAUGUUCUGUCCAUAGACCCCCGAUCUUGUCAGGAUGUCUAUGGCAAUUGUGCAUUCAUGUCUAGCUUUCUUUUGACCCUUACGUUCAUUUGUCUACCACUUAUAAAAAAGAUUUUUGGUUGGGAUUUCUGGUAUGUUUUCCAUGUGAUAUGGGCAGGGCUGAAGGGCUACUCCUCACUCCCCACAUUCAAUAGUGAGUACGAUGCAUUUGUAACCUUUGACUCAAACAAAAAAGCAGUUGCAGACUGGGUUUACAAUGAAUUGAGGGUAAACUUGGAAGAGAAAGGAAGGAAGAGGUUCAAGUUGUGCCUGGAAGAACGGGAUUGGAUUGUGGGUUCAUCCUACAUACAGAACUUGUGUGAUGCUGUCUAUAAGAGUAAGAAAACUGUCUUUGUGUUGACCAAUGGACAAUCAGUGAGUGGAGUGGCACGGCAAGCCUUCUUCAUGGCACAGCAGCGACUCCUGGAUGAGAAGCUAGAUGUUGUUGUAUUGGUCCUUCUGAAUGAGGCCAUUCAUAAAUCCAAAUAUUUACAAAUGAGGAAAAUGCUCUGCAGAAAGACAGUACUUCGCUGGCCAAAAAAUCCCCAUGCACAGCCAUUUUUCUGGGACCAGAUGAAAAAUGUACUCUCUUCAGAAAAUCACCACUACUAUGACCAUAACUUCAGUGAGGUUAUGUGAAAGAGCGAUAGAAAGUUAUUUAAGUCCCACCCUCUUGUUAGUAAGACAUUAUCCCACUGUAGGUGCAUGCCCUCAUUUAGGCUUUUGAACUCUCACUUUCCAGAUACAUCGUAAUGAAUUUUCUGUUUGUUUUAAAUUUUGUAAAAUGUCAAGGUGGCAAAGCAAUAAAGAAAGAGCUCUUUGUAUUUA